GGGCACCGAGUCGUCUGGCAAGACUGCGGGCACCGAGUCGUCUGGCGGAACAGCGGGCAUCGAGUCACUGGCAAGACUGCGGGCACCGAGUCGUCUGGCAAGACUGCUGGCAAGACUGCGGGCACCGAGUCGUCUGGCAAGACUGCGGGCACCGAGUCGUCUGGCAAGACUGCGGGCACCGAGUCGACUGGCGGAACAGCGGGCACCGAGUCGUCUGGCAAGACAGUGGGCUCCGAGUCAACAGGCACGACAGUGGGCACCGGGUCAUCAGGUAUCGGAUUGUCUGGCUCGACAGCGGGCAUCGGGUCACCAGGCAUCAGGUCAUUUGGCUUGCCAGCGGGCACCGCGUCAUCUGGCAAGGCAGUGGGCACCGGGUCACCAGGUAUGACAGCGGGCUCUGAGUCAAUUGGCACGACAGCGGGCACUGGAUCAGGUACCGGAUCAUCUGGAUCAACAGCGGGCAUCGAGUCAACUGGC